AUGCAUUCUAGAUGGCCAGUUCAUGCUGGCCUACGACAUUUAGCGCGCCGACAUGUUCCUAUCCGGCAUUCUCACACAACCCUCUCCCAACCCCCCCAAACCCACCUCAUCACCACCCCCACCGGCCAAACCUACGAACCCAUUAUUGGCCUCGAAGUCCACGCCCAACUCUUGACAAGCACCAAACUCUUUUCCCCCGCUCCCUCCCUCCCUUCCUCUUCCUCACCCAACAUAGCCGUCGAUCCCACUGAUGCGGCAUUUCCCGGCACACUCCCCGUCCUGAAUGCCCAAGCCGUCACAUUGGCAGUGAAAACCGCUCUUGCACUUGAAUCCGAUAUCCAACUCGUCUCCUCGUUUGAUCGCAAACAUUAUUUUUAUCCGGAUUUGCCACCUGGGUAUCAGAUUACGCAGUUUUGGAAUCCGAUUGCGAGGGGUGGGAGUUUGGCGGUUGGCAUGGCCGAUGGGUUACCCUACACCCGACGCGUACGCUUCAUGCAGAUUCAGUUGGAACAAGAUUCGGGAAAGAGUGUUUUGGGCGUCAAGGAUGGACAGACUCUUGUAGAUCUGAAUCGGGCGGGUGUGGGUGUAUUGGAGUUGAUUACUGAGCCCGAUUUGAGAUCGUCACUAGAAACGGUCACAUUUCUUAAAAAACUUCAAAGACUGUUAUGGUACACCUCCAUUUCAUCUCCCGAUAUGGAUGAGGGCGCUUGGCGGUGUGAUAUCAACGUCUCUGUUCGACCUCUAGGCGCCCCCUACGGAACCCGCACAGAAAUCAAGCACUUGGUGAAAUUCACGUCGAUUAAAGCCGCCAUUGAAUAUGAAAUUGAUCGACAAGUCCAACUUCUUGAAUUGGGGCAACCUGUCCAACAGGAAACCAGAUCCUUUGAUCCACGUCUUGCUCAAACGGUUCGCUUGCGGGGCAAGGAAGGCGUACAAGAUUAUCGGUAUAUGCCGGAACCCGACCUCCCAUCCAUCCACCUCACACCCGCAUUUAUUUCCAACAUUUCCCAAACCCUCCCAGAACCCCUCGACACCCGCCGCACCCGUCUUGCAAAGCAGUACAAACUUUCACCCUACCAAAUCGAAAUUCUCAUGUCGGAACCUGGUGCCGUAGAGUAUUUUGAAAAAGUUGCGGUUGGGAGGCGGGGUGGUAAAGUUGCCAAUUGGAUUAUUGGUGAUUUAUUUGGAUCCCUCCGGUCGCGACAUUUAAAUCUUUUAUCAUGUACGGUUCAACCCACCCGUCUCGGCGCCUUGAUUGAUCUCGUCGAAACUGGACGUGUAUCCGGAUUACGCGCAAAGGAUAUCUUGCAUACCAUGAUGGACGGAAAUACCCAAUCACCCCUCGAAAUCGCUCAAGAACAGGGAUGGAUAUUGGCGAGUGAUGUACAAGCUUUGGAAAAACUUUGUGAGGAGCUUUUAGAGGAGUUUCCUGAAAUGGCGGUCAAGGUCCGAAACGGCAAAACUCGGGUCAUAAAGUUUUUUGUGGGGGAAGUCAUGAAGCGGACAAAAGGCAAAAGUGAUCCUGUACUUGUUGCUGAAGUUUUUGCAAAGUUGUUUAAAAUGUAAUUUGGGGGUAUAUUUGAAGAUAUAAUUAUUUACAUGACUAGAACGCUUAACAGGAAUAUGCAAUGCAAAAGUG